UGCAGGAGAACUAGAUGCCCUUGGCGUAGCAAGUAAAGCUCGGUGGACACAACACUACAAGAGGCUGUAGCAUGGAAAGACGAGGCAUAGGGACGACGCCAAUGCUGCCGGCGGCGAGCAUCGGCACCGGCGUUUCCACUUGGCAUCUCCCGGAAGGACUGGGCGGUGCCUCUCCUCCGCUCCGGCCCAACGUCAUCGACCCUUACGGAUGGCGCUACAGGUGGUGGCAGAACUUCCUGGUCAUGCUGGUGGCGUACACGGCGUGGGCGUCGCCGUUCGAGCUGGCCAUGGAGAGGGCCUCCUCCCGGCCGCGCCUCGUGGCGGACCUAGUCGUCGACGUCUUCUUCGGCAUCGACAUCGCCGUGUCCUUCUUCGUCGCCUACCUCGACAAGUCCACCUUCCUCCUCGUCGACGACCGCAGCAAGAUCGCCACCAGGUAAAACUCAUGCACGCAUUGCCAUGCGUGGUUUUAUAGGUACCUGACACGGCCGUGGUUCGUGAUGGACGUGGCCUCGACGAUUCCUGUGCAGAUAAUCUACCAGCUGGCGAGGGGCGGCAAAAGCAACGGGCCCUGUGGGUUCCUCAUCCUUCUCCGGCUCUGGCGACUACGACGCGCCAGUAAACUCUUUGCAAGGCUGGAGAAGGACAUCAGGUUCAGCUACUUAUGGACUAGGUUCGUGAAGCUCCUCUGCGUCCUAAUGUUCGUGGUGCACUGCGCGGCGUGCGUGUACCUGUGGCUGGCGUUCCACUACCGGGUCCCGGAGCAGACGUGGAUCGGCAGCCUCAGCCGAGACUUCAAGGAGCGCAGCGUCUGGUUCGGCUACACCUACUCGGUGUACUGGGCCAUGGCCACGCUCGCCACGGUCGGCUACGGCGACCUGCACGCCGCCAACACCGGCGAGAUGCUCUUCACCGUCCUCUUCAUGGUCUGCAACGUCUUCCUCAUGUCCUACAUCAUCGGCAACAUGACCAACCUCACCGCCCACGGCAACACCACCACGUUUCGCAUGAGGGACAUGGUGGACCGGGUGGAGAGGUUCGGGAACGCGAACCGGCUGCCGACGAAGAUACGGGAGCAGAUCAUGGCGAGCGUGCAGCUGAGGUUCGAGACGUCGGUGCAGCUGCAGGAGGAGGUUCUGUCGCAACUGCCAAAGGCCGUGAGGUCGGACAUCGAGCAGCACCUCUUCAAGGCGGCGGUGCAGAGCUGCUACCUCUUCCGGGGGGUCUCCAACAGCCUCAUCGUGGAGCUGGUGUCGGAGAUGAAGGCGGAGUACUUUCCCCCCAGGAUGGACAUUGUCCUGGAGAACGAGAUCCCGACGGACUGCUACAUCAUUGUAUCCGGCCAAGUGGAAGCUUGGACAACCGCGAAGGAUGGCACAGAGAAGUUUGUCAUGAAGAUAGGUCCACGCGGCAUGGCAGGAGAAAUCGGCGUGAUGUACAACAUCCCUCAGCCGUUCAGCAUCCGAAGCAAGACCCUCGCCCAUGUUAUCCGCAUAAGCCGCCGCCACCUGAUGAACAUCGUCCGGCCCAACACUGCAGACGGGGACACUGUGUUCUCCAAUUUUGUUCAGCACCUUGAAUCUCUGAAGGUACAGGCAGAGGAUGUAGCAUUUGCCAGCUGGGAUCACAUUUUAAGCACAAACCCGGACCGGAACGACAUAACGCUGCGUGGAGACCCCAUACGAGUGGUUAUCCACGAGGAAAUUCCGAGCAGGAGCAGCAGGCCAGGGAAGCUCGUCUGCCUGCCCGGUUCACUGCAAGAACUGAUGAGGCUUGGCGAAGAGAAAUUUGGAAAGACGGCGAGAUGGAUCCUCACUGCCGAAGGCGCCGAGGUGGAAGACAUUCGCGCGGUGAGAGACGGCGAUCACCUCUUCUUCAGUUGUUAGAGGAAACUGUACUCUGUUUACGUAGUUGUGAGCUGAGUA